AUGUCAACGAGGCUCUCUUUAGUGGUGGACACCUCUCACUACUUUACGACGGGGGAUGCCAUCAAGGGCAAAGUGCUGCUUGAGCUCACAAAGUCUACCGACGUGACCAAACUCGAAGUGGCUAUAUGUGGGGUUUCAACUACCAAUCUCACCGAAACCGUGGAGCAGGGCCAACGAAUCACAAAUGAAGAACACGAGUCCUAUGAUGUGCUUAAUGAUGUUGAGAUCUUGUUCCCUUCGUCGGACAUGGCCGCUCACGGAUUCACCAUGGGAGUCGGUCGCCAUGAGUUCGACUUUGAGUUCGUGAUACCAACGUAUGCGGUUCCGCAAGGGGAUAUUGGCACUCGUACUCGUAAGGCAGUUGUGCUUCCGCCUUCAAUGUCGGAUUUGCAUGGAAACACAAUGGUGCAGUACUUUGUUCAGGCGUCUCUGCACAAGCCGUCGCGAUUCAGCUAUCCGACAUCGACAAAGCAAUUUUUUGUUUUUCUUCCCGCCGAUCCAGAUGAGGCAGAAAACACCCCGGACCAUGCGGUCGUUCGUACCAACGGUAGCGUAGUGCUGCCGGGCAUGUCUGCGACGGGGCUUUGGCGGAGACUAAACCAAUGGGGGCGCGGGCGCCACAAAACAUGUACAGAUGCAUUCUUUGAGCUUGGCUCAAGUACUGCAAUCAUUCCCGGUGUCAAGUUUGUGCCAUCGAUCACGAUAGUCUUUGCAAACAUUGAGACCACCAUCGUUAUAGAGUCGGUGAUCGUGGACGUUGUCGCAAUUACUGACGCCAAAGCUCUGCAUAUUCACCGUGAGUUUGAACGACGUAUUCCGCUCAUCAAGGAAAAAAAACUGAAACUCAGGUACUCGUCCGCCAAUGGCCGUCACCAAAGUUUGGAACUUCCCGCGGGCACUACAUCGAUUGUCCCGGACGAAGUGGGACCUUCCUUUGAAACACCUAAUAUCCUCCGCCGGUACGAACUGGUCGCCAAGAUCAAAUACAGUCACAUCCCCGGAUCUUUGGCAGUUCACCGAGCGGUCAUGAAACUGCCAAUAGUAGUGAAAUCAGGCAUUUCGCUGCCAGACUACGAAACGGGCGAGGUUCGAAUGUGCAAGCGCGUAUUCGAGCAGGACCCGCUAUACUAUACACUCAAUAGAUCCGAACUCUGA